AUGUCGCAACCCGAAAAGCGAGGUCUCGUCGAAGAGACGCGCGCCAACGAAACCGUUGGCGCAAUCUCACCCGCUGGACAACAUGUAGACGACAGUAACGACACCAAAUCGUCGAUCUGCAGCACCGCAGAGAAGGAUGCUAAAGCAACUGACCAAGUUACUCCCAUCGCUGUGAUUCCUCACCUUGCUGUCGACGAUCAAGAUGAGGUAUGGAUCGUCGACGCACAAUCAGGUGCUGUAGGCGCUACCUGGAAACACCGCUUGCCUGCCCUCCUAAUGGUCCUGUUCUUCACAUUGGGAAGCAACUUCUCUCAGUCCUCGCUUUCGCCGCUCAAAUCCACCAUCAAGAAACAAAUCCCUGCGGUCACAAACGCACGAUACGGAGCCAUCGCUUCGGCAGAGCAGCUGGUUAACGGUAUUCUGCCGCUUUUCUCUGGUAUCAUGAUUGACUACUAUGGCCCGAGCAUCACCUCGCUCCUCUCGUCAACCGCUAUCCUCAUCGGCACAAUCAUUCGAGCCGUCGGAGGACAGCGUGGAAGCUUUGGCACCAUCCUUGCAGGCCAGAUCAUCUUCGGUCUUGGCAGUACCACCAUCGAAACCAGCCAGUCGAAGCUAUACACUCAUUGGUGCAGAGACGGUUCUGCUGUCAACAAGGACGACGACAGCAGCGUGGAAGCAAACAAGGAAAGAAAGUCAAGCAAGUGGUACGCUGCCUUCUCUAGCGCCGGAUGGCUUGGUUUUGUCUACGGCCUCGACAUUGCCAUGGGCCGAGUGUUCAACGUCAUGGGCAAGAUGAGCUCGGUGCCCAUUGCCGAAUCGACUGGCAAGUGGUACUGGAGCUUCUGGGUGUCUGCCAUCCUCUGUGCCGUCACGCUGGGUCUGAACGCGAUGUACGUCAUCUAUGAGCGCAGUCUACCCAACAAGAUGCGUGUAGUGACGGGACGACAGCUUGCUGCACAGGCUUCGUCAGCUUUGGAUUGCGGCUCUUCAACCAGCGUCGAUGGCACCAAGCAACCCCAGAAGAGCCUAUCACGACCCUUCUCACAGCGCCAAUGGCAGGUGCUUACGCUGAGCCUGGGUGCGAUCCCGGCAUGCUUUUGGCUCAUCACCUUGACGCAGGUGCUGCAGGCGGGCACUGUAAACGCGUACAACUCCAACCUGGCCGAAGUGGUGCAGAUCACUCGCGGCAAGUCAGCGCUCAUGGCAGGAUACGCAUCUUCGGUGGGUCAGGUGCCGCCUAUUGUGCUGACGCCGCUGCUGGGACUUAUGUUCGACCUAUUCGGCCGACGCAUGUACUACGUGGCUGGAUGUGCAGCGCUAUGGGUCGUUGUCUUUUCGCUGUUGGCCUUUUCCAACGUCAAUGUCUACCUCCCCGUGGUGCUCGGAAGUGUUGCCCUGUCCUUCAACGCCCUCCCCUUCAUCGCUUCCAUCCCGUUGCUCGUACCUAACCAAGCUUCUAUUGGCACUGCUUUUGGUAUCUGGAAAUGCUUCAACUCGGCCGGUUCAGUCACCAUGGACGUUACGUUUGGUGCGAUUCAGGACCUCACCCCCAAGGGCAAGAAUCAGUUCAAGAACGCCUUUGCCUUCCUUAUCGCCCUCAAAUCUAUCGAUGUGGUCUACGGCCUGAUGUACCAUGUCAUCGACAAGCGCUACUUUGGCGGUGUUCUCAAGCUCAACGAGCGCCAGCUGAAACAAAAAAUGCAGACCGAGUCCAAGGAGCAAAGGGAAGAGGCUCUCCGAAAGCCCAUCAAGAAAUGGACGCUUGCCGGAUGCUGCGUUCUCAUCGCUUUUGUCACCACGGGUUAUGUGCUCUACAUUACCUACUCGAUCGGCACCUAA